ACAUGUUUUUUGUGAUUCAGUUCAUUUGCAUGGCAAAGAGGGACUUUGCAAUUCAUCUGAUCACUUCAUAACAUUCUGGAGUAUAUGCAAAUUGCCAUCAUACAAACUGAGGCAGCAGACUUUGGGGGUCACAAGCAUUCUAUUAUAAAGGCUGUCAUGGCUAACUGCAAUAUUCAGGUAUUGUUUUUUUCUCAAGACUUGUGUGUCAUUUGCAGUAAAGUCUAUGCAACAAAUAACAUUGGCUUGCUUUCUUUACAUUUUUUAGCUGUGAGUUAGGUUCACAUUAGACACUUUUUUUUUUUACACAGACUGAUCAUAUUCUUUGUUGUUUAAAUAGUUUUAACAUUCUGUAUACUCCCUUUGUCCUAAGGGUCAAAAAUGACCCACCUUCUCUAAACCCCUAAAAUAAAGCAGCUUAAUUUAAUUUUAAACCCCAAAUCUAUUUUGCAUGAAGAAGCAACCUAUCAUUCAUCACAAACUUUGUGAAUAUCAGGGUUUUCCCUCUUCACAAUGCAGAAAGACUACAUUUAAUCAGUGGACACCACUCAUUUCUAUUACAACACACCUGUCAUAAUUGUUUUCUUUACUAAAGUAGAGGAUUAUUAUUGUUUGAGGUUCUGCAUAGGUCUAAACAUACAUCUUUUAGAAAGAGAUAGCACUUGUGUAGCAGAAAUGUGCAGAAAUAAGUUUUGAAUGCAUUUUAUUGAUGGGAAACAAUAACUCUUGAACGUUUUUGACAACAUAGUGAUAUUUUCUUAUACAGUACAAUGAGGAAUUCAACUACAAAAUACUAGUCUUCUCCCAUUUUUUAAAACCAUUGCCCCCACCCACAAGGUGUAUAAACAACAACAAUAAAAUAAGAUAAUAGAUACAAAACAAAAACAUGAAGAACAUAAAUAAAAUCAAUCAACUCUAAUUAGCACAUGUAGGAGAGUAUGCAAGUGUGUGUGCAUGGACUUUACAUAUGUAUUUCUCACGUGCAGGAAAUAGUAUUUAUUUUACAGUCCUUCUUUGGGGGGCAGAAUUUGGCUGCAGCCUGGAUCAGGACAGGAUUCAGCCCCAUGAACAUCUUUCACAAGCACUGCAGAGGCUGCUGUGCGGGGGAGGUGCUCCCUUCUUUGAAUGUGUGGGGUUACAAGUGCCUUUCCCAGCUGCUCCAGGAACACCCUCUUGUUUCGCUUAUCAGACAUCCAGGUUGUCCACGCCUCCUUUGUUGUGGUUGUAGUCCAGGAUGAUGGCUGGCUUCCUGUCCUCACGAUCACUGAUCUAAGCUGUUUGUGCAGUGUACUCAGGAGAACCACAUACUUGUUCCUCUUUGGGAGAUUGAAGUCAGCUGGCUCUGCAGUCCGUAAAGACAUCAGUCCUGAAUCAACAAGAGGGUCAGUGUCGAGCCUGCAAAGAGUGUCUGAUGGUCCUCUGAAAGAAAGAAAAGUCACCAAUCCAAAGUCUGAAGAUCAGCUCUUGAGUAUCAUGGAGUCCAUCUGUGCUCUGGUGGAUUCCAUCCCUGAUCAUGAACUAUUAGGCCUGUCCUGUGGGACAGAGCUCUUACUGCAGCGCGCUCAUAGGAAAAGGAUAAUUGCUACUGGCAGCAGUGACACAUCUUCAAGGACACAACAGCCAGACAGCAAUGUCUUGGAAUCCAGAUUCAGUGAAAAGACUACUUUUUCCUUUGCAACUCCAAGUGUCAUGUCUUCCACCACUUGCCUGCCCAAGGGUAAAGGAGAUUCUUCCAUGAAAGCCCUUCCCUUCAGGAGGUCCUCAGUCAUAUCUGUGGACUACGACAGUAGUGUUUUUGAGGACUCUGACUGUAUGAUCAAUGUUCAGACUCCAGGCAUCUCUUGGAGACCCAGCACUCAGGAAAAUCCUAUUUUCACUAGAGACAAGAAGAAAGCAUCCACAACAGGCCAAAGUAAUUGUGACUCUCCAUCGAAUUGCGGUAUCUUCAAAAAACAAAUUGGUGAUGUGGCUCAGUCAAAUUUCUUCUCACCGAAGAGCCCGGCAGCUGCUGUACAAAUGACUGGGGAGAGCGGUACCCAAGCCUCUGUGGCACAAGCCCCAGCAGUUACGGAGCCAGACGAUUUCUUCAUUGAUGACUUUGACAUAGAUGACUUCAAUGAUUCAGAUAUCCCUGAUUACUUUGAACCCCCAAGCUCCUCAGCGUCAAGGCAGGACUCCAGUUCUAUCUCUAAAGCGGUGCGUGAGGGAGGACCAAGUACAUCAACAUGGCAGAAGAAACCAGCUACACCAGCUCCUGUGGCCAAGCCUCCUAAAAUCACCUCUCCUGAGCCCACAUACAGAAACCCUGCUCACGAUCGCUUCAGAGGCUUCAACUUCCCCCACUGUCCAGAGAUGAUGAAGAUUUUCCACAAGCGCUUUGGUCUCCAUCAGUUCCGAUUCAAUCAGUUGGAAGCCAUUAAUGCUACGUUGUUAGGUCAAGACACAUUUGUCCUGAUGCCAACAGGGGGGGGUAAAAGUCUUUGCUACCAGCUGCCGGCCUGUGUGUGUGCAGGAGUCACUGUGGUCAUCUCACCACUGAAAUCACUCAUUGUAGACCAGGUCCAGAAACUCACUACACUGGAUAUUCCCGCCACAAGUUUGUCUGGUGAGAAGACUGACAGUGAAGCAGCCAGGAUCUACUUGCAGCUGUCCAAGAAGGACCCCAUAAUUAAAUUGCUCUAUGCAACUCCUGAAAAGGUGUGUGCGAGUGGCAGGAUGAUCAGUGCCCUUCAGAACCUGUAUGAGAGAGGUCUUCUAGCACGCUUUGUCAUUGAUGAGGCUCACUGUGUCAGUCAGUGGGGCCAUGACUUCCGGCCAGACUAUAAGCGGAUGUACGAGCUGCGGCAGAAGUUCCCCAAAGUGCCGAUCAUGGCCCUGACCGCCACUGCCACCCCCCGCGUCCAGAAGGACAUCCUCAAUCAGUUGCAGAUGACCCAGCCUCAGGUGUUUACCAUGAGCUUCAACAGAAACAACCUCAAAUAUGCUGUGUUACCCAAGAAACCCAAGAAGGUAGAUGAGGACUGCAUUGACUGGAUCAAGAAGAAUUAUCCACGUGAUUCUGGCAUUGUGUACUGCCUGUCCCGUAAUGACUGUGACAACAUGGCUGACAGUCUUCAGAGAGCUGGUAUACUAGCGCUAGCCUACCAUGCAGGCAUCAAUGACAAAGACAGAGAAUAUGUGCAGACCAAAUGGAUCAAUCAGGAUGGCUGCCAGGUCAUGUGUGCCACCAUAGCCUUCGGCAUGGGCAUCGACAAGCCUGAUGUGCGCUAUGUGAUCCACGCCAGUCUCCCCAAGUCAGUAGAGGGCUACUACCAGGAGUCAGGCAGAGCAGGCAGGGACGGAGAGAUCUCUCACUGCAUCCUCUUCUACUCCUACUCUGACGUCAUCCGCAUCAAGAGAAUCCUCACCAUGGACAAAGAUGGAAACCACCAUACCAAAGCCACUCACUUGAACAAUCUGCACAGUAUGGUACAUUUCUGUGAGAACGUGAUGGACUGCCGAAGGAUACAGUUGCUGGCUUACUUUGGAGAGCACAAGUUCAACCCAGGCUUCUGCAAGGAACACCCUGAUGUCAUCUGUGACAACUGUGCCAGACCCAAUCAAUACAAAGCAAGAAACGUGACUGAAGAUGUGAAGAAGAUUGUGAGAUUUGUCCAGGAGAAUUGUGAAAAAGUUGGAUCCAGAUACAGCAAAUCUGCGAACCAAAACCGACUGACUCUGAACAUGUUGGUGGACAUUUUCUUGGGUUCUAAAACCGCCCGUGUCCAGUCAGGGAUGUUUGCGAUGGGAAAGGCUUACUCCAAACACAACGCUGACCGGCUGUUCAAGAAGCUGGUUCUGGAUCACCUUCUGGUGGAGGACCUGUACAUCACAGCCAACAGCCAGGCAGUGGCCUACAUCUCUGCUGGACCCAAAGCCAUCAAUGUCCUCGGGGGACACAUGCAGGUGGAGUUCUAUGAGACCGAGAGUGCCUCCAGCAUCAGGAAGCACAAAACUGCUGUGGCCAAGGAUGUCUCCAAGAGUGAGGAGAUGGUUCAGAAGUGUCUGCAGGAGCUCACUGAUCUGUGCAAGAGGUUGGGCAAAGUCUUUGGCAUUCACUAUUACAACAUCUUCUCCACUGCCACCCUGAAGAAGAUAGCCGAGACUCUGUCGGCCGACCCGGAUGUGCUGCUGACGAUUGAUGGUGUGACGGAGGACAAACUGGAGAAGUAUGGAGCAGAUGUCAUCGCGCUUCUGCAGAAAUACUCUGAGUGGAAGCUACCUGUUGAGGAGCAGCCUGACACCACUGAAGGAAGCUCCACUAUGGCAUGGAUAGACACAAGCAGAGGCCGCGGAGACUACGAGGAGGACUGUUAUGAGGACGACGCUGGAUCUUCCAGUUAUUUCAACAGUAACAACGGCAGAGGAGCGAAAAGGAAAAAGGCCCCCGCCUUCAAGAAAUCCAAAAAGAGAAAAGGAUAUACAAACUCCAACUCUAAAGGAAAGUACAGCAACAAUGGGUCGUGGACAGGAUCCAACUCCAGAGGUGGAUCUAAAGGCCGGGGGUCAGCAGCAGGACGUGCGUCUGCAGCAGGGCGGGGCUCAAGGCCUUCAGCAGCAGGCCCAGUGGGGAGGAGGCCCGGCUUUAUGGCCCUCCCCACACCACAAACGAACAGCCGGCCAUUCCUCAAACCAGCCUUCUCUGUACUGUAGGAGUAUAACUCCUGGCCAUACCUGGAGUCUAACAGAGGGAUUUUGGAGUAGCAAGGAAACUCCUAGUUAGUAGAGGAUUUGAGACUGGGGUUCAAUUUGAUUCCAAUUUACUUGUAAAUUAUUUACUUGUUUCAUUUUAACUGACGAAUGUGUGUUUCUGUACAGCGUCUUCAAUAGUCUUCAUUUUUUCCCCACUGGAUUAUCACUGUUUGUUUGCUUCUUUAGCAGUAUUUCUUAUCCAUUCUGACAUGAAGUUUUCCACUUUUAAUAAAGGCUCAUAAAUUAUUCCUAAAUGUGAUACUGCUUUAAACUGUUUUCUGGAAAAGGUAAACAUGUGAAAUUGUGUUGAUUUGUUUUGAACCACGCCCUUAAUACUGUACUUCCAUUUACCCAAAAGCAUGGAAUGUGUAAUGUUCCCUGUAGAUGGCACUAUAUAAUCUGAGCUUUAAAAAAAGAAGAAAAAGUGUCAUUUGCAUUGAAGAGCCAUAAACCACAAGAAGCCCAUUUUUAAAUGUUUAUUCAAUGUUUUUAUUUCAAAUUUGAAUAGUUUAAUGGCACCAGUUACAAGGGACUAUCAGAGAGAAACAAUAUUGUAUACUGUUUUGUACAGAAGGUUUUCUACAGUAUAAACAUGGGAUUCAGAAUGGAUCUGAACAAGAACUGGAUUUGGCACAUUUGUAUAUUCAUAUUACAUAAAUAAACAGCAACCUUCAUUGAA